CAUGGGGCAAAAGCGAGAGAGGAGAGCCACCUUGAUCCUGGUCUAGACUAGCACGGGUAGCAACCAGAGCAAGGCAAGGGGGUGUCACAAUGGGGGAGCUUUGACACUUUUGUUGUACUAAUUUGUUUGAUUAAUUUUUCCUAGUGUUGGGUUAUUUUGUUUACUAGAAAAUAUAUCUUUCCCGCUUCUCGCCGUUCUUGCGGCUCUUUUUGGGCUGGGCUCUCUCUCUUUUUACUCCUUAGCUCCGGCCACCACUUUAAUCACGACCGUUUACGACGACGACGACACUCGCUCCUGUCUCCACCAGCAUUUCCAAAACCGCUUCGUUUGGUAUUCCACUAUCUCAGUGCUCCUGCCAUUUUUAAUCAAACUCUCUCUACCAUCCUAAACACACCAGUCAAAAUGAAGAGCUCCUUCGUCCUCCCCUUCGCCCUUCUGGCCGCCACCGUUGCCGCCCAGGACCCGUCCUGCGGUGCUACUUACAUUGUUGACGCCUGCUUGACUGGCGAGAAGGCCAAGUUCAACGCCUGUGAGGACAAGGACUGGGGCUGCAAGUGCGCCAGCUACGAGGCCAUCGUGACCUGCUUCAACAACUGCCCCAACGAUCCCCGCAAGACCUCCGAGGAGGGCCAGAAGAGCAUCUUCUGCGGCUACAACUCGCAGUUCCCCUCGUCGACCACCACGGCUUCCAUCGCCGCAGCCACCGGCGCCUCCACCACCGCAGCUGCCGCCACCACCAGCUCCAGCUCCACCGGCAGCUCCACCGCCGCUCAGCCCUCGCAGACCGGUGCCGCCGCUGACCUCGUCAUGAAUGCCGGUGGCAUCCUGGCCGUCGUCGCUGCCGUCGUCGUUGCUGUCUUGUAAAAAAAAUGACAGGGCAAUCAAACUAAUGAAGCUAAAAAAAAUUCACGAAAGACAAAAAACAUGGAUGGCACGACAAAUGAGAUUUGAUUUACAAAAAGCAAAACACAUGGUUCCAAUAAUACGGGAACACAGAAGAAGGCUAAUGGCUAAUACGAGGUUUCUGGGGUCGUGUUGACGUUAAUAUAUUCCCACCUUAAUUUACGUCAAAUCCCCCUCCCUCGUAUUCCCUACACCUUUGAAUAAUGACAGCACCCCUCUGGGGGUGUUGGGAUUCAGAAUCCGGAGAAAUCACCUCGGUAUUCUCUGCCGGUUUCGGCGACGGAAAACUUUUUUUCAAGAUACUGGAGAGAGACACGGACCUGUGAGAGCGAGGCACAAGUCAACAUAUUUAUUAUACCUUGCUUAUUUAGUCUUGUCCGGUAGAUAAUGAUAUCCACGGCGUGUUUAACAUUUUGAUUCGCUCACAUACACGCGUUAGAUGUUUGCAGAGUGAAUUAAACAAAUAAGCUUACGAUUCAAUUUCGGUUGCCUUGACAAUCUUUAAACGCA